CAAAUUAUGGGAUUUGUGUCCGUCUCGGCUUGAUAUCACAGCCUGUGCUGCUCGCCGGGUCCACGUGUACACAGAGAUGUAAAGAAAGAUGACAAUGUCUACUUCAACCUGGAAACACCUCACCAGCCAUAGUGUGGACCAGAAUAUAUUUCUGGCCCCAAAUAAACAAACAACAACUAUUUUUCAUCAAACUAAUGGACGCAGAAUGAGGGAAAAGAUCAAAAUGAAAGAUUACACCAUGGAAUUCCAUGAAAUGUCAUGUGACCAGAGAAGAGGAAAGAAGAGAAAGUCAAACAAGCUUUUGGAAAACAGGACAGAAUUUAUUAAACCUAGUAAUGAUACAUUAGAACAGACAAGUCAUGUGCAAAUCAAAAGGCAAAAAGUAACCCCAGAGGCAUGGACAAGUGAAGCUGAGCCUGCAUUAUUGGUCAGUGACAGCUGGGAGGUGGACAGUGGCUUUUCAUCUGAGACCAGUUCUCCCACUAGUGGCAGGAGUUCUCCGUGUGUUGGAAUCAACCACUCGAAGCUAGUAGCUCUGGACUGUGAAAUGGUUGGCACUGGACAUGGCGGCCAGUGUAGUGAAGUGGCACGCUGUAGCAUUGUAAAUUAUUAUGGUGGUGUCAUUUAUGAUAAAUAUAUCUUACCUCAGCAGUUGAUUACAGACUACCGCACAAGAUGGAGUGGCAUUAGGAAACAUCAUUUAGGACAAGCAGUGCCCUUUGAGGAUGCUCAGAACGAGAUUAUCGACAUACUCAAAGGGAAGGUUAUUAUUGGUCAUGCAUUAAAUAAUGACUUCUUAGUUCUGGACCUCUCUGUCCCUGAACACAUGGUCAGGGAUACCUGCACCUGUAGCUGGCUACGAGAGUUGUACUUCGCUUCUGAUCGGUGCAACAUCUCUUUGAAGAAACUAGCUUGGAAACUACUCAAUAGGACCAUACAGGUUGGCAGGUUGGGUCACUGCUCUGUACAAGAUGCUUGUGCUGCCCUGGACCUGUACAAGCUGGUGGAGGACCAGUGGGAAAAGGACUUCCUUGCACGAGAAUCAAACACUGACAAUACCUCAGACCCCAACAUCUCCUUGGAGCACUACAUGCAGGACCAGUAUUGGCCAGAAAGUAUGAUGGAUUGCAGCCCAUAAAACCAAGAACUAGGCGCAUGAUGCAGUCAACCUCAAGGAUAGUAAAUGUCUAAUGUUUCAUGUUAUUUAAACCUAAUGUUCUGUUUAAUAUAUUAUUUAAACAGAAAAAUUGACACUUAACAUGUUAACAUUCAUUAAGGCCAAAUUACUUUGUAUUUACUCUGGAAUACAGGGUAAAUUCUGCUCCAGAGAUUUCAGUUGUAGAACUGAAAUGUUGCACAUGAUUGGCUUAUUUGAAGUACUGUUCUGUGAUUGUGUUCAUGAUACAAAUAACUUGUUGAUAAUGUUAAUUCAUGGAUUUUAAAAUGAACAGUUAUAAAUAAUACAGCUUAAGAAUUAUUGUCUUAUUAGCUUUAAGUUGAAUAUACACGGAGACAGAAUUUAAGGGAAUAACUCCAUUGUGAGAUUUCUUUUUUAUGAUCAAAGAUACCGAGGUAUAAUUUUGAUUUCAAUGACACAUUUUGCAUCUUUUUGGCAAGUUACAUAUAAUGCCACCAACUACUUGCAUUGUACUGAAAA